UUAGGAUGGUUACACUAAGAAAGCCGACUUCCGGCGUGGCAUUCUUUCGCGGCGUUUCGGCGGCUGUACGGGCAAGCCAUGAGGCAGAAGCACUACCUUGAAGCCGCUGCUCGGGGCCUGGUGGAAAGCUGCCCGGGCCAAGCCCGCUACCUCCUCUGGGCCUACAGUUCGACACACGAGGAAAACAGCACUUUUCAAGAAACAUGUCCACACUGCUUCCAAUUGUUGGUUCUGGAUAACUCUAGAGUGCGCCUCAAACCCAAGGCCAAAUUGACACCUAAGAUUCAGAAACUUCUUAAUCGAGAAGCAAGAAGUCAGAUACUCAGUUUUAAAGAAGCAAAACUGUUGAGAAAGUACAAAGAGUCCACAAGUGUGCUGCUGAUUACCUGCAGAACAUGCAACAGAACAGUGAGACACCAUGGUAAGAGUAGAAGCUUCCUGUCAGCACUGAAGAGCAACACUGCCCCUGCUAUAAAUGAAGCCGGCUUAAAGACACCAAAGAGAAAGGCUUUGGGCUCCACAAACCUCAGUCAAAGUAUGCCUGGUUCCAAAGGCAAGAGCCCCUCCUCAACUCUCAGAACACCUAUAUCUGGACAGUCAACACCCAUUUGUUCCUCAAGAACCGGGAGCAAAAGAAAGAAGCACUUCUCUCAACUGAAAGCACUGCUUAGUCAGAGUGAAUCUGAGAAGAGCCCGAAGCUGGACUUCAGGCACUUCUUAUCUUCUCUGUGAAGAGAAUGACCUUAGAAAACAAUUGUGUACUCAUUCUCUGAAAACAAGUCAGUUAACAGCUUUUGUCUUCACUUUGAGGUCCAAACACAUGGAAACUAGGACCAAAAGCAAGCUGUUAUUGGCAUCCUUCAGUGUUUGUGGAAAAAGUGUCUCAUUAAAUCAGGUGACUUAGGCCUCUCUGGGUGAGUGUGAAGAUCAGAAAACAAAUGACCAAACCAGAGUGAGGUACAAGGAUAAAUGUACUGCUGCUGCCAUGCCUAACAACCUCUGUGCAGUUUCUAGGAACUACAAGGCAAAAAGAACCCAUUCUACAUGUUCUCUGACCUCCACACAGAAGAUGAACAAAUGCAAUAAAGUUUUAAAAACUGACA